AUGGACUCCACCCGCGGUCGCGGCAGUACACGUGGAGGACGCUACGUGUCACGAGGGACAAGGGGUUCUGCGGUCGGUCGCGCCGGCGGUCGCGGCGCUUGGCCACCAUCGUCGCCAACAAGCAACACUGCCUACGCCAACCCCACGCCACCCACUUCGCCGUCGUUUUACCCCCCUCCGCGCAGUGAGACGCCUGUUACGCUGCCUUCCGACCGCGACAUCAUGGCUGGCUUACACGCUUCGCCGCUCAAGACACUCCGUGUGCCGAACCUGGGUUCUGGCGCAUCUAAUACAGCAGUGACAAUCAAGAACUUGAAGCCACUGGGCUCGUACAACUGGACCACUGCAGCGACGCCAACUAUUGUUGUUCCUGGCACACCGCGGGCUUGGAUGGACCGCCGCCUGCCUAUCCAAGUUGCGGCAGACACGGGCAUCGUCUUUGUCGACCAAAACUCGCACCACGCGCCGAACGGACAAACGCUCGUGCCGCUGAUCGCAGCGGUCGACAAGGCGCACGAAAUAAACUGUCGCAAUGCACGCGUCGCCGAGAUGCCCUUCGACUGGGCCGAUGAGCAAAUCGACUUCAUUACUGAUCGGAACGGGCUGCGGAAGCUCCUCCGCUGGAUCGAUAUGCGGCAAGCGUAUAGCACGGCAAUUCCGGCACAGACAGAUGAGCGGAGGCUCAAAGAUUGGCGCAUUGAUAUGCAGCUUGCACCGGGCAACCGAACCGUGUUGUUCAAUAGGUGGGAGAAGCGAGACCAGGAGCAGAUGGGUGGCUUUUCGUAUGGGUUCAACUUCGAAAAGGCCACUACGACGGCCGCACGCGGUGUCGCAGAAAGCUCUGGGCAUCAUCGAAUUAUCAGCUAUGUAAGUGAACUCCAUUCCAAACGGUUAUUUCCAACGCAACUUCGACAGAGUUUUGAGGGACUAAAGAUGGUUGUCCGUUUCGAAGUGGACGCUUACAUCCCGACGCCGCUCUCGUCAUCAUCUGCAAGCGACCUGGACGAUCUGGUUGGCCGGCUAGCAAACAUGAAUGUCUCUAAAACGCCUCCCACCAGUCUUAGCAGCCAGCACGAUUAUGCGGCAUCGCUGACGUCCACCCGCGCUACAGCCUCUCCUGAGCCAGUCACCCUCGACAAUGGUCUGACCGUGUUGGAGGGCGGGACCCACAUCCCACAUACCUCACUGGUUGAACUCACCACCCGCACGGAGCGGCGUGCGCAGCAGAUGGACUGGCCCGAGAAUUUCCCACAACUCUUCCUUGCACAAACGCCAAACCACUUUGUUGGCGUGCACAACCGCGGGCGCUUUGCAAGCGUUGUGAAGCGUCAGCUUGGCCGAGGCGAGUUUGCCCAGGUAGAACAGCAGGUGCAGCCAAGCUUGAGAAUUCUUGGUGCCGUGCUGAAGGAGAUUGCGGCGCUGGUGAAGGCUUAUGGUGAGCGCGGCCGGCUGACACUGGUGUGUCGUGAGGGGCAGUUGCGAGUAUAUGAGCGGGUGAGUAUGGAGAGCUGUCUCCCAGAUGAAAUGUUGGAGAGGUUUGAGGAGUAA